AGGAAGGAUGUACUCCAUUGUCUCUAGUCAAGGCCUGAGGCGUUGUAAGCCAAGCAGACGCUAAGCUAAUUACAGGUGAUGUUUGGGAAACAGAAGCUUAUUUCAAAGGCCUAUUGUUCAUCCAAGGACUCUGUGCUGCCCAGGAACUGUAUAAAGGAUAUUGGGACCUGAUCAUUUCAUCUCAGAGCUGCUUAUGCUUUAUCAGGGGAAGCAUUGAGCUGCAAGAUUGAGGUCUCCAAAUUCAUUUGGAUCACCCUGGUGUUGGACAUUGGACUAAACCUAUGGACUAAUUCUAUGAACUCUGUGCAACUCCUAAGAUCAUCAUCUCCACUAUGAAACUGAUCUCAGAUCUGUACUCAUGCCUUCCACCGCAAAGACAGAGACGGGAAACACAUGGAGAAACACACAAGCAAGGCAGCCCAAUACUAAAACGAAGCCCUGACAUCACCAAAUCACCACUGAUAAAGUCAGAACAGCUUCUGAGAAUAGAUGACCAUGAUUUCAGCAUGAGACCAGGUUUUGGAGGCCCUGCAAUUCCUGUGGGAGUAGAUGUACAAGUUGAGAGUCUGGAUAGUAUUUCAGAGGUGGAUAUGGACUUCACCAUGACCCUUUAUCUGAGACACUACUGGAAAGAUGAAAGACUGUCUUUCCCAAGCACCAACAACCAAAGCAUGACAUUUGAUGGCAGGCUAGUGAAAAAAAUUUGGGUUCCUGACAUGUUCUUUGUACAUUCCAAGCGUUCCUUUAUCCAUGACACCACUACUGACAACGUCAUGCUACGGGUCCAGCCAGAUGGGAAGGUACUUUAUAGCCUCAGGGUCACAGUAACUGCAAUGUGCAACAUGGAUUUCAGUCGCUUCCCCCUGGACACACAGACGUGUUCGCUGGAAAUUGAAAGUUAUGCCUACACUGAAGAUGAUCUAAUGCUGUACUGGAAGAAUGGGAAUGAUUCCCUAAAAACAGAUGAGAGGAUAUCACUAUCCCAGUUCCUUAUACAGGAGUUUCACACCACCACAAAGCUUGCCUUUUACAGCAGUACAGGAAUAACUACGGUACUGACCAUGUCUACAAUCAUUACUGGUGUAAACGCCUCCAUGCCUCGAGUUUCCUACAUCAAAGCUGUGGACAUUUACCUCUGGGUCAGUUUUGUGUUCGUCUUUCUCUCAGUGUUGGAAUACGCAGCAGUGAACUACCUGACAACAGUGCAAGAGCGGAAGGAGAGGAAACUGCGAGACAAACUUCCUUGUACUUGCGGACUACCUCAGCCCCGGCCCUUGAUGAUGGACGGCAGCUACAGCGAUGGGGAUGUGAAUGAACUGGGACACUAUGUGUCUGAGAAUGGAGAUAAACAAGACAGAAUGAUGAUGCAGCUGACACUUGGUUCAGAAAGGAGUUCAAGCAGGAGGAAAAGCCAGAGAUACGUCAGCAUGCGCAUCGACACCCAUGCCAUUGACAAGUAUUCCAGAAUAAUAUUCCCAGGCUCAUACAUUUUAUUUAAUUUGAUAUACUGGUCCAUUUUUUCAUAAAUAUCAGUAAAUUUCUCUAGUCAGUUUCAACAUGUUGCACUGUGUUCCUGUUUAAAAUUAACAUCUAUCAUGCUAAUAAACAGAAAAUGGAGGAAACAUUUAAUUUUAAUGCUA